AUGAGAAGAGGAUUAAGGCUGCACCUGAUGCAGGUGGACUCAGUCCAGCGCUGGAUGGAGGACCUGAAGCUCAUGACGGAGUGUGAGUGCAUGUGUGUCCUGCAGGCCAAGCCCAUUAGCCCGGAGGACGAUGCACAGGGUGACCUUAUCCUGGCAGGCGGCCCUGGCCCCGGAGACCCCCUGCAGCUGCUGCUCAAGCGGGGCUGGGUCAUCAGCACCGAGCUGCGCAGGAUUGGGCAGAAGCUGGCCCAGGACCGCUGGGCGCGCGUCCACAGCAUGAGCGUGCGCCUGACCUGCCACGCCCGCUCCAUGGUCAGUGAGUACAGCGCGGUCAGCAGGAGCUCCUCGCAGGAGAUGGGCCAGAUUGAGAAGCUGCUGAUGGAGAAGUGCUCAGAGCUGUCAGCGGUCACAGAGAGGUGCCUCCAGGUUGAGAACGAGCACGUCCUGAAGUCGAUGAAGGCCUGUGUGAGCGAGACCCUGAGCACGCUGGGCCAGCACUUCGGCCAGCUGCUGGAGCUGGCCCUGACCCGGGAGGUGCAGGCACUGGUGAGAAAAAUUGAUGCCUCAGACAAUAUCUACACCACAGAAUCCACCACAGGGAACCUGUUCAGCCUGACCCAGGAGGGGGCUCCCUUGUGCCGAAUCAUAGCCAAGGAGGGUGGGGUCGUGGCGCUCUUCAAGGUCUGCCGGCAGGACAGUUUCCGGUGCUUGUACCCCCAGGCACUCCGCACGCUAGCCUCUAUCUGCUGUGUGGAGGAGGGUGUCCACCAGCUGGAGAAGGUGGACGGUGUUCUGUGCUUGGCCGACAUCCUGACCGACGACAGCCACUCGGAGGCCACGCGGGCUGAGGCUGCAGCCGUGGUUGCCCAGGUCACCUCCCCACACCUGCCCUUCACCCAGCACCUCAGCAGCUUCCUGGAGAGCAUGGAGGAGAUCGUGACUGCUCUCGUUAAACUGUGCCAAGAGGCCUCGUCCGGGGAAGUCUUCCUGCUGGCCUCUGCGGCCCUUGCCAACAUCACCUUCUUUGACACGAUGGCCUGUGAGAUGCUCCUGCAGCUGAAUGCCAUCCGCGUCCUUCUGGAGGCCUGCAGCGACAAGCAGAGGGUAGAUACGCCUUACACCCGGGACCAGAUUGUGACCAUCUUGGCAAACAUGUCUGUCCUAGAGCAGUGUGCCUCUGACAUCAUUCAGGAGAACGGGGUCCAGCUUAUCCUGGGCAUGCUAUCUGAGAAGCCAAGGUCUGGGACCCCCGCCGAGGUGGCGGCCUGCGAGCGAGUCCAGCAGAAGGCUGCGGUGACCCUGGCCCGUCUCAGCCGAGACCCAGAUGUGGCACGUGAGGCCGUGCGGCUGAGCUGUAUGUCCCGCCUCAUCGAACUCUGCCGCUCGCCCUCAGAGAGGAACAGCAGUGACGCGGUACUGGUGGCCUGCCUGGCUGCUCUGCGGAGAUUGGCCGGGGUCUGCCCUGAAGGCCUCCAGGACUCUGACUUCCAGCAGCUGGUUCAGCCCCGGCUUGUGGACUCUUUCUUACUCUGCAGCAACAUGGAGGAGAGUUUUGUGUAGCAAGUGUGGGAGAGGAAAGGCUUUCGGCCUCAUUCUCAACCCCCUCGUAUAUACCUGUGAAUACACCUGCCUACACUCCAGCCCCCUCACCUCCCUAUUUAUACUUAAUUUAUUUUUUACGUGAAAUGAACAGAAGGCUAAAUAUUCUAGCAACAUCAUCAGGCAGGCUGUGGUCCUUGGGAGUCUUUUUUGUUUUUA